AUGCCAAACUUAAAAACACUUCUUAUUGAUUUCAAUAGUGUCAAGAACCUUAAAGAUGGCGUUAUAUCAAACGUUCCAAAUGUCAGAGUUAUUUACAAAGAUAACAUGUAUGAGUACACAGAGUGUGAAGAAACCCCUUACUUUGAAAUGGUCAUGGACAGCGUUUACCGAGUUUAUGAUGAACUAGCCGAAGAACCAAAUACUCACACAGUCCGAGCAUAUAUGAGUACUAAUGAUGAUUACUCAAACUUGGGCAAUAAUAUCGCUCAUUUCCCCAAUUUGAAAUUUUGUGAAAUAGAUGUAACAGAGAAUUACAAUGACUUUUUGUUCGCAAGUCUCGAGGACAGUGUCCAAAAAAUUCUACAGAAUGGAAAGGUCAAUGUUAACAUAAUAAUUCGUGUAUAUAAAGGAGACACCGAACGUUACGAGUAUUUUGAGAACAUCAGAAAACAAAUUCAAAAUGAUCACGUUUUUUAUACUUACUAUGCUUCUAAUUCAGUGGGUUAUCCUUUGGUGUUACCUAAAAAUGUUACUCCAAUGGAAAUAUGCGAAUCAAUUUACAACAAAGGAGAAUUACUCACUAAAUAUUAUGCCAUGUCUAAGUUAAGAUUGGACAUUUAUGAAAAAGACGUAUCACUUGAUGUAAGUGAAAUGAAAUAUUUGACUACUUUUAGAAUUGAUUCUAAUGAACCUAUGAAUGUAACACUUCCAACUUCUCUUGAAGAUUUGUUUGUUUUUAAGAAUGUCAAUAUCACUAAUUUCAAUGAAUUGACUCAAUUGAAAUUUGUUAAUGAACACAAAAAGGUUAAAGGUAAAGAUGCUCUUCGAUGCUAUCCGCUUUCUGAUCGUUAUGGUCAGACUACACGUUGCGAAACUUCAGACUAA